AUGCGUCGAAUCCCGCUAACCACCCUCUUCGGAGUCGAUAAAUCGACCGAUGAGAAAAAGCACUUCGAGACGUCCUGGCUCCUCCCACCCGCCAUUCUCGCUGGGCUGCGCGGUUUAAUCGCCCUAUACAUCUUCACCACCAUUUUCUUCUUCUGGGGCUGGUACGGCACCCACGGUGAAACAGCUACCAUCGGCCAGUCCUUCAGCUUCUUCACAUGGCUCACAUACUGGGGAAUUGGCUUCUACAUGCUCUUCGCCGCAAUCCACACUGCUUACUAUGCCCGAACCGGUCACUCGCUGCUAUACCGAUGGCCUCGUGCGCUGCGCAUCCUACACAGUCUACUCUAUUCGAGCAUCACGACCUAUCCCUUCCUAGUCACCAUCGUGUUCUGGGCUCUGAUCUUCAAAUCGCCUUGGUAUACAAAGACUUUCACCGGUUGGCAAAAUGUGAGUAAACAAAAAAACAUUCGUUCCGAUCCAUCCGAAAUCACCGACAUAUCAACCCCACCCAUGACGAAACUAAUUGCUUUGUCAAUGCAGAUCUCUCAGCACGCCUUGAAUUCAUUCUAUGCACUAUUGGAAAUUACUCUGCCUACCACUUCACCGCACCCGUGGAUCGCGAUUCCAUUCCUUAUUCUCGGUUUGCUGUUUUACCUGUGUGUCGCGUACAUCACCUUCUACACUGAAGGCUUCUACCCGUACUCAUUCCUGAAUGUCGGCGACCACGGGCAGAAUAGUGGGCUGGUGACGGGCUAUUGUUUCGGCAUUCUUGCUGCUAUACUCGUCAUUUUCCUUGUUUCGUGGGCUUUGAUCUGGUUGCGUUGCUGGCUGACGCGGGGCAGGAUCAAGAGAGCCAGACGGGAUCCGUUGCGCGCUGCUGGUGUGUCUGUCGGUGCUGGAGCUGGGGACCAACAGGGUGAAAUGAAAGAGUCGGUCUGA